GUUAAAUUGCUGCCUUUGUGAUGGCGGCUCGUAAGGGGAAAUGUAAACGGCUUCGCAACUGGAAAGGCCUUCCCUAUGUGGGAGAUAUUGCCUAAGCGUGAGCAGGACAUUCCAGGACUAUAUGGAAAACCGCGGCAUGAGCAGAGCCCACGAGCCAGGCUCCCCCUACAAGCGCGGGGGUCACUUGAGCCCCCCACUUGCCGGCACCCGUGGAUACCCGUACCCGCAGGACCCGACCCGAUUUUCUCCGCUUCUGCCCCAGCAGGGAUAUAGAGAUGCCACCUUCCAGGGAGCCAAAAACACUUCCUCGGGAAACGCUGUCGUGCAGCAUUUCCUGGGCCUGCAGCUGGAAAGGCAGCAGCAGGAGUACCUGCACCUGGAGCAGCAGAGGUACCACCGGGAGCCCGAGCCCCAGCACGUGCGACGGAGACCCUCUCUCCUGCCCACCCCCGAGUAUGGCGGGGGUUACCUGGAGGUCCCCACCUACAGGUUCCCCACGUACGCGGACGAACCCCUGGAGAUGCACAAGCGGCCGCGGUUGGGACUCGGGGAGCCCAAGGCGGGCCCCCUGGUCAUCGACACCCAAGAGGUGGUGGAGGUGAAGAAGGAGCCGACCGCGUACGUGCCCCAGGUGGAAGCCAUCUCCCCCACCCUUCCCAACGAGGACCGCACUUCCAAGGAUGAAUUGCUCAACGCCAUCAACAAGCUAGACAGGGAAAUCGCCCAAGUGGAGUCCCAAACAAACAAGCUCAAGAAGAAGCAGCAAGAGUUGGAGGCAAGCAGCCCAGCAGACAGCAAAAAAUAUUCUCAGGAAACUGCACCCAACGAGCCAAAGCAGCUGAGCAUUGCACAGAUCAUCUACUCCGAUAACAGGAAAAAAGCUCAGCAGGCUCAUGCUACGUUGGAUAAUUUAGGUCCAAGGGUGGACUUGCCCAUGUACAAUCAACCGUCGGACACUGCCGUCUAUCACGAGAACAAGAAAAAGUUUCAAGAAUUCAGAAAAAGCUUGACAGUAUAUUUUAAGAAGCGAAUACAAGAAAGGGAAUCACGGGAAAAAUACUUAAUGGAUACUUACAGCCAACUCAUGCAGGCCUGGCUCAAGAAAAUGGAGAAGCGGGAGAACAACGCAGCUCGAAAAGUGAGGGAGCUGAAGCAGCGAGAGUUCUUUGAGAAGCAGUUUCCGGAGCUGAAGAAGCAGAGGGAAGACCGGGAACGUUUCUCGCGGGCGGGACAGCGGGUGCGCAGUGAAGCGGAGAUGGAGGAGAUUAUGGAUGGCCUUCAGGAGCAGGAGAAUGAAGAUCGCAAGAUGCGGAGCUACGCCGUUGUGCCCCCAAUCUUGCUGGAUUCUCGGCAGCGGCACGUGCGCUAUCUCAACAAGAACAGCGUGGUGGAAGACCUGUCUGUCGAGUACAAGGACCGUCAGAUGCAGAACGUGUGGUCGGAGCAGGAAAAAGAAAUCUUCCGAGAAAAGUACCUCCAGCAUCCCAAGAACUUCGGCAUCAUAGCGUCGUACCUCGAAAGGAAGAGCGUAGCUGACUGUGUCCAGUACUACUACCUUACCAAGAAGGGUGAGAACUACAAGCAGCUGCUGAGAAAGCACAACGUCAAGAAGCGUACCCGCGCAAUGGUGAAGGCCCCACCUAUCCCUUCUACACAAGUGACAACGCAGGUGAGCACGUCUCUACCUGUGCGUGUGCCCGUGACGACGUCCGCGGAAGACAAGGUGACGACGGCUGCUGUCGCAACGACGGUUACCGUUACCACCAUGGAAAACAGCCUGACCCACAUGAAUGGGCCGGAAGUGUCCGACACAUUGAAUGGGCUGAAGAAUGUACAGGAGAGAAGUGCCAUGAAUUCUACCGAGGAUGUGGAGCAGCCGUGCCUGGUGUGCCACUGCAAGUUGGAAAAGAACAGUCAGUCUCGGCCACUGACAAAGGCCAACUGCGAGAUGUACGCCCUCAAGGAGUCCGACAUCACGCCGGACGCCAGGGUUUGCUCCUCCUGUCGCUUCAAGACUGUGCGACAGCGAUUUGUUCAGUGUCCAAUACCAACGUGCAAAACCCCCAAGCGGAAGGUGAAAAGGUUAAGGCCACUUCCCGGGAAAUGGAACGAGCUGGAUAAGGACUUCAAAGAAACAGUCAUGCAGGAACUGCAAAUUCCAGCCGGGACUCAGAAGUGCUGCUCCGCGUGCUUCAAUAGAAUAGCUCGUAAAUUGGAGCCCAAUGCGCCAGCGGAUGAUACCGUGGAGCCAUCUCGUUGGAGCGAAGAGGAGAUGGAACUGGCCAAGAAGUGCCUCCGGGAAUACGGUACGGACUGGCCCGCGGUCGCCUCGGUGGUCAAGAGCAAAACGAAGGAACAGUGUAAAAAUUUCUACUUCAACUACAAACGAAAGUUUGGACUAGAUGAGCUCGUUCGAGCCUUCCGAGAGUCUACCAAGAAUGAAGGUGGAAAGCGGCAGAUAACCGACGACGACGAGAGCGGUGAGACGACCACGAGCUGUGAAGAAGACAACUGUGUGGACCGGUGUAGUAGUGAUACGGCCAGUGCGUGCAGCCCCUCAACAAAGCAGGUGGAAGAAGGUUGGGACUGCAGCAAACCACCACCACCUCCACCGGUCUCCACCGCAGUGGCUUCGAGCAAGCCCUCUGACAAUGGUGUGGAGGUAAUUCCAGACUAUGACAGCAGUGCAACCGUGAGUGCGGACGAAGGCCAGGGUGGAUCCCACGAGGCUGAACGUCCCGCAGGCCAGAGAACAGAUUCUAUGAAAGGAGGAGGAGGAGGAGGGCGCGAGGGACCCACGUGUAUGCGGGACCUCAUCUUCCAAGCCAUUGAGAUGACGUUGCAGUAUUCUAUGAAGCCAGGCCAGCCGGGCUUACCCUUAAAGGAAGAGCAGCAGGCGGACGUCAUCGUGGGCCAGGCAAAGAAUAGUCCCCGACCUUCAAAUACUCCCCCCGUCCCGGUGGCUGUGCCCCCCGUGUCAGCGCCUCCGGCUCCUGUUCUUCCUGCAGGUCAUCAUGUUCAUGAAAGUUCUUCUACCCUCGCUCCUACUUACGUCUCCAGCCUGCCCAGCCAUUGCCCUCCGAGCCAAGCCAACCACGGCAGGACGUCCUCACCAGCGGGCCAUGACCUUCACAGUCAUGUUCCUUCCUUUGGUGCAUCAAACAGUCGGCCAGAGGGUCUGCUGGCUCAGUUCCCAGAGAUGUCGCGCGAAGACGAAUACCAGGUGCAGGACUUGAGCAAAAAGCCCCGUGAGGCCACCCCUCCCAAGGAGGUACGCCGUGAGAAGCCCCUCUUCAGCUACCAGCAACCCUUUGGAGCUCAGCCACCCCCAGCACAUUCCAACCACUUCCAUCGCACCCCGGACCCUCCCCACGCGAUGUUUGCCCGUACCCACAUGGUGUCACCCCCCGCCUGGCCCAAGGCUGGCAAGGUGCCCCCACCACCACCCCUGAUAGCAGCAAACAGCAAGCCCAUGUCACCCAAGCUAGUGUUCAAGGAGAAGCCCUCCGGUUCCAUCACGCAGGGUACGCCAGUGAACCAGCCCGCGUUUGUGCCGCGCUACGAGGGGCUGCUCCGGCAGUUGACGCCUCCACAGAGCAAAGAGGGAUCCAUCACUCUGGGCACCCCGGUGCAGCACGACCCGAGGAAGCCUCCGGAGCAAGAGGCCAGACUCUACGACGAGCAGGCUUACCGGAUGCCCACUGGCUACCAGUUCCGGCCCAAGUAUUCUAGUGAAUCUCAGCUGAGCACAAACCAAAUCAUGAUAGAUUUCAACACCUCGAAGCAGAUGCGCAGGGGAGAUGCGGCUCCUGUGCAGUACCCUGGAAACUGGCCCAUGGGUCAGGACUCGUGGUCCCCCGCAAAGACGGGGGUUAGACAGAACGUCAUUCGAAGCGUGCAGUGGGGCCCCAAGAGUGUCAUUCAGGCCCCCAAGACGAGCUCCCCCCGGGAACAGGAAGUACCGAGCCCGGGCAAACGAGGCCAGUCUCCCCGCACGCAGCCGUACCCCGUGGUGUCCCCGACGAGCCACGACCCCUUCACCACCCUGGUGAACGCGGCGGCCGCACAGCCCAGCCUGGCCGUUCCCAAGGAGGACAAGAAGGUGGAGGGCCUGGAGAAGUCCCUGCUGGAAAUGCACCAGCGACCUCCCCGCAACUACCAUGACAUGCCACCUCCCCAGCAAGAGCUGCAGCGACCACGGCCGUUCAGCAGGGAGCAGUUUGAGAGGGAGAUGCGUGGGAAGGACAGCUACCGGCCCCAGCAGACGGACAUGGACAACGAGGCAUCGCGCAUAUUUUCCCAGUCCUUCCAGAAAGACAGCCCUAAGCCCCAGGGCAUUACGGCAGCCAACCUCAUCGAUGCCAUCAUCACUCACCAGAUCAACCAGAGCACGGAGCAGAGGAGUGAUGGUUACGAUGCCAAGGCCAAACGGGAGGAAGAACCGCCCCGCGUGGAUGGCGACAAGGUGGUCACCCUCAACCAGCACAUUGCUGCCAUCAUCUCGAAGAACAUCUGCACCCCGAGCGACGGCACACCCCCGCUCUACAGCAGAGUCCCCGUGGAGAGUGUGGUGAGGACGUCCGGGUGCUACGCUGAGAGCGCAGACGAGCAGGGCGGCUACCACAGCUGGAAGCUGCGCAAGGCACUACAGUCUGAGGCCAAGGAGGAGCGCAACGUCAUCCGAGGGCCCUACACAGAACCCAUCUCGCCCCCAGUGGACAGGGAGUGGACACGGACUGCACCCGAGGGCUACCUGCGCGCCCAGCAGCACGUGGGGCUCUCCGCGCUGGACUACGUCAAGAACCGCAUUGUGGAAGUGAUGCGGACAGCCGACGACGUUCCACCCAAGAAAGAAGGGGGUGGCGGCUCUGUGCCUCCGCGACCUUCCUCCGCCAUUGAGGCCCCCCGGUCGGAAUGGAGGGGGGGCAAGUUCCGUCCGCGUUCUGUGUCGCCCUCUACUCACAAGCCCGGGGAGCGGUGGGAAAGCGGGGCUGCAGAAAUUGAGCCAGUGUCGCCGCCACGAGGGGAGGCGCGCCUGUACCCUUCCCCGGGGUUCCCCACGACGUACGCGUACCCCUUUUCUGCCCUCUCCGUGCGCUCCAUGUCUGGCAGCUCACAGCCCCCGGUCUCCCAGCAACCGUCGUUGCUCCUGUCGUCUCAGUACGAGCCACUGUCGGACGAGGACUGACGUUUCCUCACUGCCUCAUUUCAGCUCAAGCUCAUUUGCCCCCCCCCACAAGACUUGUACAAAGAUUUGUAUACUACUACGAGACUCUUUCAUUUUGCAGUGUACAUAAGCUUGUGCCCAUAUUAAUGAGGCUGUUAUUUUAGGACACCCCAUUUCUUUGCAGAGUGCUAACGGUUAAUGCACGCUGUACUGUCUUGUUACUUUUUGAAAAAAGAAAAAAAACAAUGAAAAGUUUUAGACUCUCCGGUCGAGGGAGUGAUGCAA